UUCAAGAUGGCGGAAGCUAUAGUUGGAUCACAAUCUUCACAGUCGCAGUUCAGCCAGUCUGAUUUACCGGAACUUUUACARCAGUAUUACAAAAGGCUCUUUCCUUACAAGUACUACUAUCACUGGCUCAGUUAUGGGAAUGUUCCAAAAACCUGCUUCACGAAUCGAGAGUUCUGCUUCACCCUGAAAGACGAUAUCUAUGUUCGUUAUCAGUCUUUUUCUAACCAAGAUGAAAUGGAGAAGGAGAUUCAGAAACGAAACCCCUUCAAGAUCGACAUCGGAGCAGUUUUUACUCACAAGCCCAAAGACCAUAAGAUGAUAAAAGCGGCAUCAUUUCAAGCCAYUGAGAAAGAACUUGUUUUUGAUAUUGAUAUGACGGACUAUGAUGAAAUACGAACAUGCUGCAAAGGAGCAGAGAUAUGCCCAAAAUGUUGGAAAUUUAUGGUUGUUGCGAUGAAAAUUCUGGAUGUAGCUUUGAAAGAGGAUUUUGGUUUCAAUCAUCGACUGUGGGUCUAUAGUGGUCGUCGUGGUGUCCACUGCUGGGUUUGUGAUGAWGCUGCAAGAAAGCUUUCCCAAAGUGCUAGAUCAGCCGUUGCUGAAUAUCUUAGUGUGAUCAAAGGAGGAGAUAGUAAAACUAAGAAGGUUAACCUACGAAAACCUCUUCAUCCACAUUUAGCGCGAUCUGAAAAGAUCCUUUCAGAGUAUUUCAAGGACUUCAUAAUCAAUGAGCAAGACAUUUUAUCCUGCAAGGAGAGAUGGGAUGGAGUGCUUGCAUUGGUUAAUGAUGACUCAAUCAGAACCAAGCUUGAUACAGUGUGGUCUUCRUCSAAUAAGUCAUCAGAAGAAAGAUGGGAACAACUUCAAGCGGCAUUGGAAUCGGCUAAACCAAGUGUCUCUAUUGCUCUACAAGAGAUAAUGUUUCAAUACACAUAUCCACGUCUUGAUAUCAACGUCACCAAGGGAUUAAACCAUCUUCUAAAAAGCCCUUUUUGUGUCCAUCCUAAAACUGGACGUGUUUGUGUACCUAUUGAUAUUGAAGAGGCUGAUACAUUUGAUCCUUUCUCUGUCCCAACCAUCAGUAACCUUUUAGAAGAGAUUGAUGAUUAUGACUUAAACAAUGUGUCUGAAACAGUCGAAGAUGAAGCAUUAAAGAAGAAGUCAGUCUCAGCAUUCGAAAAGACAUCACUGGUGAAGGCCAUUAGGACAUUCAGGAAGUUUUUAAUGCCUUUACAAGCUGAAAAUGAUAAAAGAAGAAAGAUGGAGAGAAAUGAAGAAGAUAAAAAGUGUGAAUGGUGAUUCAAAAAAAAAAGACAAUAAAUUAUCGCAUCAGGUGAAGAUUGUAGAAAAAUAAACAUAUGGCUCUUUUCUUGCUGUGAUCUUGUGGAUUUUGCUAGGGUUUAAAAACAUCCAUCCUGCAUUAUUAGUGUAUUCCUCUCCUUGUAUGUUUUGUGCAUCAUAUAUCCACUGUUUACAAAGUAAAACAUUAAAAGACAAUAAUUAGARGUUUUUAUUUAGACAAAAUUUCUCUUACAAAAGAUUACAACUUGUUGUAUUGUCUUUCAUAAUAAUAUUACAUUAAAAUUCCUCAGUGCUAAA